GGAGAAUGGUUGCCAUGGCGACGUAAACCGAAGGCCUGGGCUCGCGGAGCUCUGGGGCAGCAGCUCAGAGGCUUCGGAGCAAGCGCCGGCGUGCCGAGCGGGUUGGGAGUCUUCUCUAGCCGAUGUCGGGUUUCUCAGUGCACGCUUCCUCCUCGGCGCCGAUGUCAGAGAACCUGCCUCCUAUGGUCUCCAAGAGCGUAACUUUCGACAAGCAUGGCCCAGAAUCCACGGACAACAGUUCUUCAGUCACUGAAGAAAAGACGAAGCGUGCAAAAAAAGGCAAAGGGACUGCAGCCCGCCAGGCUCCUCUGUCCAUGGGAUUCUCCAGGCAAGAGUACUGGAGUAGGUUACCAUUUCCUCCUCCGGGGGAUCUUCCUGACCCAGGGAUCAAACCUGCAUCUCUUACAUCUCCUGCAUUGAAAGUGUCCAAGACUGUUCCUGACCAGCCCGUGAAUCCUUUCCACCUAUCUGGGGAUGUGGACUUCUUCUUGCUCAGAGAACAGGAGCGGAACAAGUCUCUCUUGGACCGGGAGCAGAAGAAGAAGCUGCGGGUGCACGAGAAGAUGACCUACUCAUCCAAAGUGUCCGCCAAGCACACCAGCCUGCGCCGUGAGCUGCAGCUGGAGGACGAGACAGAGGAUCAGGAAGAGCGGGCUGAGCAGCUGCGCAGCUUCCACGAGCAGGUGGCCUGGAAGCUCGCCAUGACCCGAGAAAAGAAGCUGGAGCCCAACGACAUCAACAGCUACGUGGACCAGAACCGGCAGAUGUUUCUCAUCCAGUAUGCCCUGGACAUGAAGCGGAGUGAGAUCCAGCGGCUGGAGAGGCUGGCGGCCCAGGAGGAAGCCGAGUUGGAGCGGGCGGAGAAGUUCCUAGAGAAGGACGCGGCCCUGUUCGACGAGUUCCUCAGGGAGAAUGACCGCAGCUCUGUGCAGGCGCUGAGAACAGCUGACAAGGAGUCCAAAGCCAAGAUGGAGAAGAUCCUGGAGAUUCGUGAGCUGACCACCCAGAUCAUGAACAUCAAGAGCGAAAUCUCCAAAUUUGAGGACAUGCUGCAGCAGUACAAGGUCUACAAGGACUUCCUGUACAAGCUGUCACCCAGGGAGUGGCUGGAGGAGCAGGAGAAGAAGCGCUUGGCUCUUAAACAGGCCAAGGAGGUGGUGGAGGCCUUCAAGGAGAGCCUGCUGCUCUCUGUGGGGGACAGAGGAUCGGAGACCAAGGGCAAGCUGAGCUCCAGAGAGGGGCAGAGCCCGAGGAAGCCCGCCAAGCUCCUGCAAGUGAUGCGGCUGCGCCAGGCACUGUCCGCCACUGUCAGCCAGCAGCAGGGCACCCUGCCCAGAGUGUCCAGCGGGGUGGAGUCUGAAAGGUCCAGCUCCACCCUCCCUGUGCAGGAUGACCUCGACAGUGAUGAUGGGGAGGAGCUGGAGCUAUACUUCACGGAUCCGCAGCAGCUCCUCGACGUCUUCACGAAGCUGGAGGAGCAGAACCUGUCCCUGGUGCAGAACACCCAGGAGAUGGAGGAGGCCCUGGAGGAGCUGAGCUUCACCCUGAAGAACACCCAGACCCGCAUGGCCUCUGAGGCUGGGGCUCUCGGCCCUCAGCAUGCGGCAGGGCCAGCAGGCUCAGAGGUGCCGGUGCCCCUCAGGGACCGGGAGGUGAACCAGCUGAAGCAGUGGAUCACCACGCUGAGGAUGUCCAUCGCCAAGGAGGAGGAGACGGCCGCGGAGCUGGAGCUCAAAGCCCGUGUCUUCCAUUUUGGCGAGUUCAAGGGUGAUCAGGAGGACAAGCUGCUGGAGAGUCUGAACUGCAAGGUGCUGGAUGUCUACCGGCACUGCGUGGGUGGCCAGCAGGAGUCCAGCCUGGGCACCGUGCAGAUGCUGGCCACCAUCGAGCACCAGCUGGACGAGCUGCUUGAGAACCUGGAGCGCGUGCCCCCGGCCCGCAUCGAACAGGCCGAGAAAGCCAAGGAGAAGGAGAGGCGCCUCCGACUCCGGGAAGAGAAGGCGAAGCUGCAGAAACAGCUGCAGGAGGAGCGGCUGCUGCGUGCACAGGCGCGGGCCCAGGCCGAGGUCAAGAAGAAGCGGGGCAGGAGGCUAGUGUGCCGAUCGCGGCCACCCGCCCUGAAGACCAAGGAGCAGUCCAAGCACGAGCUGAUGGACAAGGACAGGGAGGAGCAGCUGUUUUUCUUCACGUAGCGCGCGGGCCUCCUGCUGGCUGAGCAGAAGCAGACGGCGGCGUGGGGAGCAGAGGCAGAGCCUGCUCCCCAGCACGGGCCCCUCACCCCCCACGCUGUGCCUUCAGACUCACCUGAAAUAAAAGCUGUGUCGCUUGGGUACCUCCAGGCCUGUCUCAG